AUGAAGGCCAAUGUCCAGACCACCCAGGCCAUCGUCUCCCACGCCCCAGAGGAUGGAAAGAGACGAUGGAUUCUCGAGGAUGUUCAAGUGAGUGAGCCUGGAGAGUACGAAGCCAUUGUGGAAAUGGUUGCUUCCGGAGUCUGUCAUACAGAUCUUGGAUGUGGAACAGCUCCAGAUGGAACACCUGGCUUCCCUGUUCCCCCAUACCCCCGCGUUCUAGGCCACGAAGGCGCUGGAUUCGUUCGAGCCGUCGGUUCCAAGAUCACAAAAGUCAAACCAGGCGAUGCCGUCCUCCUGUCCUUCGCUUUUUGCACCCAGUGCCACAACUGCAAGUUUGGGGCUCCCGGCUACUGCCAUGAAUUUUCAGCCCUGAACUUUGCCGGCACCAAAAAGGCAUUCCAGUUUCCAACCGGCACGGGGCCAGACGUUGGAGGGUCGUUCUUUGGCCAGUCGAGCUUUUCCAAGCUUAGUCGAGUUCAGGAGACGUCGCUUGUCAACGUCAGUCAGUUGGUUCGAAACAAAAAUGACUUGAAGCUUCUGGCGCCUCUUGGAUGUGGUAUCCAGACUGGUGCAGGCACAGUGACUGAGUUGGCUGCCGCCAAGCCAAGCGACAAGGUCGCCAUCAUUGGCCUUGGAGGCGUAGGACUGGCAGCAAUCAUGGCCGCAAAGCUCAAAGGCUGCCGAACCAUCAUCGGAAUCGACCGAGUCCCCGCGAGAAUAGAAAUGGCCAAGAAACUUGGCGCAACACACGGAAUCGACACCUCGACCAUCUCCAACCUCGUAGACGAAGUCCGCAAGGUCACCGAGGGCUCGGGAAGCACCAUCACGGUUGAUGCGACGGGCGUGCUUCCGUUGAUUCAGCAGGGCUUGGAAUUCACUGCGAACCAAGGCAAGAUGAUUCUUCUUGGUGUCGCUCCAAUGGAUGCUGGACUGGAAAUUGCGGUUGUUCCUUACAUGGUGACGGGCAAGCAAAUUAUGGGUAGUAUGGAGGGUGGUGUGUACCCUGAAGAUUACAUUCCAAAGAUGAUUCGAUGGUACCAGAAUGGGGAGUUCCCCGUCGACGAACUGAUCAAGUUCUAUCCUGUACAAGAUUAUCAAAAGGCAAUUAGGGAUAUGGAGGACGGAUCCACGAUCAAGCCAGUCUUGAUUUGGUAG